CCGGCCCCCAGCAUGGCUUGGCAGGGCUGGCCCGCGCCUUGGUUGUGGGUCUCUGGCUGCUGGCUGCUAUUCUUCGCUUUCGUGCUGCUCCUGAGUCCCCGCGGCUGCCAAGAACGGCGGGGUUUCCGCGGCCUCCUCAUGACGCGCAGCCAGCGGCUGCUCUUCCGAAUCGGGUACAGCCUGUACACCCGGACCUGGCUCGGGUACCUCUUCUACCGACAGCAGCUUCGGAGGGCGCGAAAUCGCUUCCCCAAAGGCCACUCCAAAACUCAGCCCCGACUCUUCAAUGGAGUGAAGGUGCUUCCCAUUCCUGUCCUCUCCGACAACUACAGCUACCUCAUCAUCGACACCCAGGCUGGGCUGGCAGUGGCUGUGGACCCCUCAGACCCGAGGGCUGUGCAGGCUUCCAUUGAAAAAGAAAGAGUUAACUUGGUCGCCAUUCUCUGUACGCACAAGCACUGGGACCAUAGUGGAGGGAACCGUGACCUCAGCCGGCGGCACAGGGACUGUCGAGUGUAUGGGAGCCCUCAGGAUGGUAUCCCCUACCUCACCCACCCCCUAUGUCAUCAAGAUGUGGUCAGCGUGGGACGACUUCAGAUUCGAGCCCUGGCCACCCCUGGCCACACUCAAGGCCAUCUGGUCUACCUGCUGGACGGGGAGCCCUAUAAGGGUCCCUCCUGCCUCUUCUCAGGGGAUCUGCUCUUCCUCUCUGGCUGUGGACGGACCUUCGAAGGCACAGCGGAGACCAUGCUGAGCUCACUGGACUCUGUGUUAGACCUGGGGGAUGACACCCUGCUGUGGCCUGGACAUGAAUAUGCAGAAGAGAACCUGGGCUUUGCAGGCGUGGUGGAGCCCGAGAACUUGGCUCGCGAGAGGAAGAUGCAGUGGGUACAGAGGCAGCGGAUGGAACGCAAGAGCACAUGCCCAUCCACCCUGGGAGAGGAACGCGCCUACAACCCAUUCCUGAGAACACAUUGCCUGGCGCUACAGGAGGCUCUGGGGCCGGGGCCAGGCCCCACCGGUGACGACGGCUGCUCCCGAGCCCAGCUCCUGGAGGAGCUGCGCAGGCUGAAGGACAUGCAUAAGAGCAAGUGAAUAACCCUAGCUCACCUCAGUCCGGGCUCUCCCUGCAGAGGGGAGGCCCCCCACCGCCCACACCUCGCCAUUCUCUUCAUCACUAUUAGACCACCACCAUUGGUGCCCUAGGCAGCACUAAUCCUCCAGACUGGCCAGGGAGGGCAGAGCCCAGGCAGUGGACCUAGAGGAGAAGGCAGAGAGAGGCCGAGACCCCACACAGUACAGAUGUGUUUGGGGUGAGAGGAAGGAAGCACGUGGACGUCUCCAGACUUUGCUACUGUGGACAGUCUGCCUCCCUUCCCCCACUCGUGGACCAAUAGCCAGAUCAUGAAGGCUGCUGUUGGCUCCAGAGGUCACCCUAGAACCCAGGAGACAGUGUCCUGUCCAGGCCAGUCUGUCUUCCACCUCCCCCCAUGCAGGGUUAUCAGAGAAACUCACCCCCCAGAACGAUCUAAAGUGUGGUGCCUGGGCAAGUAUUCAUCAACAGGGGGCAGCCAAACUCUAGGUGACUGAGACUCCAAGCCCCACCCUACCCACCUUGCUAAGACAUUGCCAGGCAGAGCCAUUCCUAAGAACACCUAAGGGCUGGAAGCCUGGCUCUGGCCAAUCCCUGCCUCAGUGGAUGUCCUGAAGGCCAGAGAGAAAGGUUCCUGAUUGCAAGGAAUCUUCUGCUUCAGGCCAGGGAGUCACAGGAUGCUGGGAUACAGAGCCACACGACGCCAUGCACAUCAGUUCUGGCUCUGCCCUGUCCCGGAUCACAAGAGCCUGCCUUCCCAGGGGACAGUGAACCGCGGUCUGCCUCAGACCUGCUUCUCCUUUCCGCCUUGUUCUUAGGAAUCCCUGGCGCCUGCUGUCUCACUUAACCCCUCUUGCUUUGUCCUCAACCCCUUUCCCCUCCGAGACAUCGAAGGCUGACCUUCCUUCCAGCCCUGGCACUCGGCUGGCUCUUUGCAGUUUGCCAAACCCCUCCAUUUCCACAUGAUUUCCCUCUAGAUCCCCGGGGCCCCUCACGGGCAGUGUGCAGUCAGCAGAGGUCUGGGAACAGGAAGCUCUGGUGAGUGGCAGCUUCCCGGACCUCAGCCUGGGCAUACCCCACUGCUCCAUCCCCCUCCAGAUCUGCUUGUCCUCUGGUCUCAGGCCAAGGGCCCUUUGCGGCCACAGGAGCACUAUGGUCAGUUAGCAGGCACACCUUGGGUUACCCAGGAGCCUUCCACUAGACUGUGCAGUGCCCUCUGUCGUUCCUCUGAGAUGCCCCUGCCUCAGUUUCCCCUCUCAUCUGGCUUCGGCCGCCCUCUCCAGCCCCAGCCUUUGGAACUCACUCUAGCAAUACCACCAGACUAGUUAGCCUUCCCGGCUCCCGACACACUCGCAGUUUCAUGCCUUUGUGCCUUUCGCUCCCGCGGUUUCUUCAGCUGGAAUGCCUUCCUGCCUCCCGCCUCCUCUGCCUGGCAAACACCUAUUAGCCUCUCCCAGCCCCUCCCCCAGGCAGGCACCCUUCACCCCUCUCUUCCGGGCUACCUCUGCACCUUGUAAAUGCUUCUCUCGUGGCACCUAUCACACCGUAUUUUACUUGUUUACAUGUUUGUCUCCCCUUCUAGACUGUGAAUCCUUAAGGGCAUGGACUGUAUCUUAUGCAUCUCUGUAUUUCUGCGCCUAGCACGGUGCCUGGCACAUAGUAGGCGCUCAAUAAAUGUUGAAUGAAUGAUUUAA